GGGAGAUGGGGAAGGUGAGAUGGUGAGGAGAGAGCAGGAGGAGGAGGAAGAGGAGGAGGAGGGGAAGAGAUAAGUGAUCUAAAGGGGAGACGAUAGGACAAAAAAGUGAUGAUGAUGAUGAAUACAUUGGAAAGUUUUUUGGCCCCGGCGCGGGUGUCAGAUUGAAUGGCCUGUGCGCAUGUGCGAAGGUGUCCAAACUGACAAUGCUGGUGAGAUGAAGAUAGUGUUGUUGCUGCUUCUGGGCUCACGGAGGACGACGAGAGGAAUCUACAAUCCGACAAGAUGAGAUCCAAGGCGCGGGCGAGAAAACUGGCGAAAAAUGACAGUGAACCGGUGGACAGCAUGUACGACACAGAGACUGACCUCGCAGGUUUAGCAGCCAGCAGCGGUGGUGGCGCCGACAGCCCAGAAGACGAUGCCGAGGACGGCCUCAUCAACAUGUCCCCCCUGCCCUCACCGACCCCUUCCCACCCGAACAACAACCACCACCACCACCUGCUGCACCCGCACAUCUACGCCAGCCACCACCAUCACCUCCACAACAACAGCAACAGCAGCAGCAACGACCAGGACUUCACCACACCUAAGGAAGGCUCGCCCUACGAGGCUCCCGUCUACAUUCCUGAUGACAUUCCCAUUCCCAGUGAACUGGAGCUGCGGGAGUCCUCAGUGCCAGGCGCGGGCCUCGGCGUGUGGGCCAAGUCCCGAAUUUGUGCCGGCGAAAGGUUUGGGCUACACAACACGCUGCACCACGACGCCACGGGCAAAGACGGCUCCUUCGGAUGGGAGCAGAUCAUGAACGACCAUGAAGACGCCUCCCCUGAGAGCUGCAUCAAAAAGGUGGUGGACGACAUGGGAGACGUCAAGUUUUCUCUGGACACGGACGCCGCUAGCAACAGCUGGCUCAAAUACGUCCGCUGUGCUCCGUCAUUUGAGGAGCAGAACCUCGCCGCCUGUCACCUCACAGGAGACCAGAUUUAUUAUAAAGCUGUGCGGGACAUUGAAGCAGGGGAGGAGCUCUUAGUGUAUAUGAAGGACGGCAUUUUCCCGGAGGGAUCCAUGGCACCCAACCUACAAGAUGAGCAGAUGUACCGCUGUGAAGACUGCGAUGAGCUCUUCUCCUCGGCUCUAGAGCUGCGGCGGCACCAGAAGUAUUCGUGCACCAGUGCAGGCUCCAUCUUUGACUCACUGAGGGAGGACUUCAAACAGGAGCGGGAGGACAGCGACGAGCCCGUCCACGAGUGUAAAGACUGUGAGAAGAUUUUUCCAAAUGAGUACAGUCUGGGCCAGCAUAUGAUAGUCCACACCGAGGAGAGGGAAUACAAGUGUGACCAGUGUCCAAAAGCCUUUAACUGGAAGUCCAACCUCAUACGUCACCAGAUGUCACAUGACAGUGGCAAGCGUUUUGAGUGUGAAAACUGUGAUAAGGUGUUCACAGAUCCCAGCAAUCUUCAGCGUCACAUCCGCUCUCAGCACGUGGGUGCACGUGCACACACGUGUCCUGAAUGUGGCAAGACCUUCGCCACCUCGUCAGGCCUCAAGCAGCACAAGCACAUCCACAGCAGUGUCAAACCCUUUAUCUGUGAGGUUUGCCACAAAUCCUACACCCAGUUCUCCAACCUCUGCCGGCACAAGCGUAUGCACGCUGAUUGCCGCACCCAGAUCAAGUGUAAGGACUGUGGACAGUUGUUCAGCACUACCUCCUCCCUCAACAAGCACCGUCGAUUCUGUGAGGGCAAAAAUCAUUACGGCUCCCCUGGAGGGAUUUUCAACCCUGGGAUCCCCAUGAGUUCCAGCCCUAUUAUAGCCAAGGCAAAGUCCCAUCACCCUCACCUUCCUGGUCUCAACCAGUCAGGGUUGGGAUUCACUGACUACUUUCCCUCCCGACCGCACCCUCAUGCUGGCUUACCCUUUUCCCACGGGCCCCAUGGCUUUCCGUCACUACCGCAUGGUUUCCCAGGUAUCUUUCCUACGUCACUGUAUUCCCGGCCGCCUUUAUUGCCAGCUAAUCCAUUGAUAAAGACUCCAUUAGGCAGCAGUCAGGAGGUGAAGCUGCCUCGGAGUCCACUAGAUGCACCCCCACUGUCCCUGGUUAGCUCUACGAACAGCAAUGGAGGCAACAGUCUUAGUCAAGGCGAAGAGAAGGAAAAAGAGAACAAACUAGAUUUGUCCUCCAGUGGUGAAACCCAGCAAAACUCUAAAAUCGCAGACAUAUCUGAUGGUAGUGACCUAGAAGAUAUCAAUACCACAAGUGGGACAGAUUUGGACACCACCACUGGCACUGCAUCGGGUGAUGGUUCUGACCUGGAGAGCGAUGGGGAGAGUGAACGAGAGCGAAGUGGUAAGAGAAGAAAGCCAUCUGGAGCCAUAUCAAGUCAAGACGGUAACCAGUCAGAAAACCGGAAUAGUGCGUUGAUAUCAGCUGUGUCUAGCUCAGGCCUCGCAGGACUCAAUCGUUCAUUUCUCUCCUCUGCAUCAUCCCAGCAUUCUUUCUUCCCUCCUCCUGAUGAACAGGCCCUUCCUCCCACCACCACAAAUGCCAACGCAGCCACCACAGACUCCAUCAAAGCCAUUGCCUCCAUUGCUGAAAAAUAUUUUGGCCCAGGUUUGAUUGGUCUUCAUCAGGAGAAGAAGAUGGGUCCGUUGCCCUACAAUUCCAUGUUUCCCUUUCAGUUCCUGCCUAACUUUCAUAACUCUCUAUAUCACUUUGGCGCUGAUCGAGGAGCCCUCAACCCCAACAUGUUCUUCAAGGCAGAACCUAAGUCGCCUCAUGAGCAUCUUCACAAGAUAGUCUCUGGGGCUCCAGGCACUCCUGUUCGCACAGCAGAGUCACCGUUUGACCUCACCACGAAACCCAAAGAGACCAAGUUAUCUCUUUCCACACCACCAAACGCCUCACAACACAACAACAGUACUGGGAGCAGUAGUGGACCAUCAGCGUUGUCAGGUAGUGAAGAGCAACCUCUGGAUCUCAGCAUUGGUGGUCGAAGCAGAGGUGGACAUAAUGGUGUGGCAGCGGAGCCGCAGAAUCGGAAGAACCACCUCUAUGGGGUUGGGAAAGGAGGUCAUCUCAAAGAUGACAACCUAGCUGGUUUCCCACAACCACUGUCACAGUCACUGCACCAAUCUGCCAUCUCACAGCACCAGCAGCCCCAGGCACCGCCACAUCAGCCACCGCCCCUGCACUAUGCCAAGCCNNUGACUUUGGUACGUAACCCUCUACCUUGUCAUUGGUCCAGCAGGGUGGAGAAGAGGAAGCUACUUGACCCUGUAGGAGCACUGAAGGAAAAGUUCCUCAGGCCUUCACCACCACUCUUCCACCCACAGAUGUCAGCCAUGGAGACCAUGACCGAGAAGCUAGAGAGCUUUGGCGCUCUUAAACUUGAUGCACCGCCCAACUCACUGCAACACUCCGCUCAUCCACUGUUCAACUUCCGCUCACCGCCACCCUCCCUCUCGGACGCCAUCCUGCGCAAGGGCAAGGAGCGCUACGCCUGCAGGUACUGUGGAAAAAUCUUCCCACGCUCAGCGAACCUCACCAGGCACUUGCGGACACACACAGGGGAACAACCCUACAGGUGUAAAUACUGUGACCGCUCCUUCAGCAUCUCAUCCAAUCUUCAACGCCACGUUCGCAACAUCCACAACAAGGAGAAACCUUUCAAGUGUCACCUGUGCAACCGCUGCUUCGGCCAGCAGACGAACCUGGACCGCCAUCUCAAGAAACACGAGCACGAAAACAUUCCUGUGAGCCAACAGUCCGGGAUGCUUUCCAACCUAGGAACCACGAUCUCCUCGCCAAACUCGGAGCCUGACAAUCAUGCACUUUUAGAAGAGAAGGAAGACUCGUACUUCUCAGAAAUCCGCAACUUUAUUUCCAACAGUGAGAUGAACCAGGCCUCCAGCUCCAUGGAUAAGAGGUCAGAUCAGGGCGAGGACGCCCGUCCACCAAGCCACAGUUUGUCCAACUCCAAACUAGGACUGCAGGGGCUGGAUGAAGAGGAGGAGGAGGUAGAGGGUGAUGAUGAGGAGGAGGAAGAAGGCAGCCUAACAGAAAAAUCUCAUGACGAGGCACCAGAGUCUCCAUCUCCGGUCACAACAGGAGCGUAUGAAGAGGAGGACGAGGAGGAAGAAGAGACGGAGACGGCUCCGAUGGCUCUGAGCUAUGAACACACUCGCAGGUGUAUAGAGGAGGAGGGAGCUCUCAUGGACUUAGAGGGUCUGCCCAGCUUUACCAAGAGCCUGGAGAGUUUGCGUAAAGCCACCGGUGACGAGCAACCAUUUGAUGUUAAAGACAUUUUUAACACUUCAUUAGAGUCGGAGGCUUUGAAAGAGACACUGUACAGGCAGGCUAAAACCCAGGCUUAUGCAAUGAUGCUGUCUCUCUCCGAGAACAACCCUUUGCACGCGCCCUCCCAGAACUCUCUGGACGCUUGGCUGAGCAUGGGAGGAGGGCCGUCUGAGACGGGCAGCUUUCACCCACUCAACCACAUCUAGACGAGAGAGAGAGAGAUGGAGGGGGAGGAGGGGAGAAGAAUGUUUCGUUCAUGGACAGAAACAAAAGACAAGAGUGGACAUGAGUAGUGACUGGAGGUAUAGGCCCGGUGGAUUCUCUGUCACAUUCAUUUAAGAUAUGUGUAAAUGUGUGUCUAUGGAAAGGAGAGAGAGAGAAGGAGAGGAGGGUGGAGGUUGUCCCAAAGGGUGGGGGCUCUUACAAGACUAUGUCAAAGCGUAAGCACUGCUAAGCUCCUGUCGAUGUGAAGGACGUCCAUGACUGCGUCUCAAAAGCAUUGACAGCUCAAGUCCUCGAGGCUCAGUCUACACCACAGAAACUCUACAUCAGGCUUCUUAUUUUUAAAGACACUCACUGACUGGUAUGUCUCUAAAGUCUGUGUCCACCGCCUUCUGCAAGCACUGCAGCGUCAGCACUGCAUUUGUACUGCAUGUCCACACGGGGUUGCUGUGAUACUGGGGAUAUAGUGUCUCCAGGUGUCCUCCACCUACUGUUGGCGAUCACGUUCACUGAGCUUGUUUCAGUUACAGUUUCAGUGCAGAAUCAACAAAAGUACUACAUUAAAUGUUACUUGAGCAAAUGACCAUUGCAUUAGACUCUUUUUUUCUUUUUUUUUUUCUUUCUUUUUUUUAAAGUGAAUGAUUAGAUGGACAAUGAUGUUCUGAGUUGAAACGUGCACAACAGCUGGUGAUUUUAAUGAGCUAUCUGGGACACUGGCCAACCUGAUGGGCUGUCCACUUGAUCAUGAUCAUGCUGAAAAUUAAUUUGACUCCUACUCAGUGACUGAGUAAGACUCUCUGCUUGCUUAUGUUUUUGUCAUCUGUUAAUUUUAUUUACUUACUCUCCUCUUAGAUACCACAGUAUUGUUUCUUUGUAGGCACUACAGUGCUAAAUUUGUUAAUAUAAUUAUUUUUAGAGAAGGACCAAAAUUGUAUGAUAUUGUCAUAUGGUGUACAAAAUAAUUAGGUGUUCAUAGCAAGAGUGGUAUGUGCCAAAAAAAAAAUAACCCAUAGAAAAUGUUUUGUUCUCUGACAAUCAUUUCAUGUCCGAGGGGCUCACAUUUGCUGUCAUAGUUGUUAUUUCGUAUUACGCUCUUAUAUAUUUGAGUUCACAAGUGUGUGUAUGUAUUUAUUUCUGGUUGUAUUGUCAAGACUGGAGGAGCGAAAGUGGAGAAAACUCAUUUCGACCCCCCUUUUCCCCUUAUUGUUGAAGGAAUAAACACUUAUCAGAACACAGAGGAGAUUCUGAAUCUCUGGUUUUGAUGCAUACGUGUGCCAAAACGAGGAAAGAGUCCAUGAAAUUAAGUGUUUUUAUUUAUAGUGAAAGUAGUUGUUUGUUUCGGAACACAUUGUUAAUCCCCCAUUCUUUGAACUAUUUAACCAUGUGUGCUAAUUAGUUACAGACACAGUCCCAAUAUUGAGGCUGUCUCUAUCCUAUGUUUUCAUAUGAAUGACAACAAUGAGAAGAUCUUAUUUUCGUUAAUGCAUGAUCGACAUUUCACACAGUCACAUCUGCAUGAUCAUGUGGUCACACAGAAAGGACUUCUCUUGUAAAACCAGCAACAAGAUCAUAUUAACCGUGAUUAGUAUUAAAAUUGAAUUCUGCUGAUCAACUGAUCAGUCCCUUCAACAUACAAAAUAAAUAACGUGCUCCAGACUAGACACGUAAAAACAGGUAAACCCAAAUUUCCAGUUUCACUCUGACGAUAUAUUCCACUCAAAACCCAUUCCAAAUGUCACCGUGCCAUGGAGGCCAUGACACAUUUACCAUAGAUAGCUGUGUGAUGGCUACAGGAUGCUGUCUUCUCAAACUAGCACUUAAACCACAUGGGUCCAAGCCUGCGAAUGAUCAGGUUUUAGUCUCUAAAGCUUAGAACACAGAUUCGUUUUCACACGAGUUAAAUCAGAGGAGCAGCCCGUGUGCUCAAGAUGAACAAUUAGGAACAUCUGAAACAGAAGCACUGUAUAUUUUUUGUCUCAACAGCAGGGGGCAGUGUGGUGCCGAGACUGCUGCGUCAUCUCAUUUUUCUAUGGACAGGAGUCUUUUUAAAUAAAACUACUGAAUGAGAUUUCAUUCGUGGUAAACAUGCUGUUCCAGGUUGUACUUAUAAAAUGUCUUGGGUUGCUACGUUUUUUUUAGGAUGACUAGAUGUAAUAAUUCAUGUCAUGGACUACUGUAAUAAGCACGCGCUGUGUAAAGCAAACUCUUUGAUGGCAUUGAAGUAUUCCAUUUUGCCAACUUUAUGAAGUUUUCUGGCAGAUGGUGGCUGAAAUAUAUUUCAGCCUAAUAGAACGCGGUUGCUGUUCCUCCCCACUGUUACAGAAGAAGUAAAAAAAACUAUAUAAAUAUAUAUACAUAUUGUUCCUUUUUAACUGUAUAGUAUUUUAAAGAAUGAAAAACCAUUGUCUGAAGAAGAAAAAAAAUCAAUGGAAAACAUGGGUUAGUGGAUGGUGCUUGUUUUGUUUGAAUCUGAGUUGUAUAUCACCUCUGUUAUGUUUAUGGAAAACAAACAAAAGAUAUUGUGCAUGACGUGUUUAGCAGUCAUAAUGAUGUCCAUUUGUGAAACGUGUAUCAAAUCAACAAAAUAUAUUAAAAAAGAAAAAAAAAGAAAUCGGUAGAUGCACUUAUUGUACAUGUGGUUAGGUUAGUAGUUUUGACUUCUAGUUCUUGGCUGCCUCACCAUCAUUUGGGCAGUGGGCUCUGAAAGACAUACAGUAGUAAAAACUUGUGGGAGACAUAAUGAUAAACAAUAAAGGAUUGUAGAAUAAUGUUGAACAAUUCUGACAUUGCAGUUUAUUUGCUUGUGAUUAUUGAAGAUGUACUUUAGAGAAAUUUCAUUGAAAAGACAUGACUGAUGAUAAUUCUGUAGAAUAGCGAUGUAAACCAAAUGUAAUCUUUCCAAUGCUAUGAAGACUUUAUACAUGAAAUUGAUAUGCAAUAAAACCUGUGUGCUUUUU